CAGCCGCUUUGUGCCUCUUCCCAUUCGCUCGCUGAGACCGCUGGCUAUUCUGGAUUUCCAGAGCUCGGCCCGCCGGGUUUUCCCGCUUCUGUAAGUUGGCAAACCCGUUUCGCACUUACAUACCUCCUGCCGCCUCGCCCCCAGUCGCAUAUCAAAGGCGGAUUUCUCAAUCAUUUUUCAAACCCAGCGAAACUUCCUCAUGAGCACUAGAUCUGAGUGGAGCUCCCAGGGAAACCCGUUGUGGGGGCGGAGGAGGAGGGGAAUCAUAAGACUGCCGGAUGAGUAAUUGAAAUACCCGCUGAAAGCUGGGCAUAAUUAAUAGCGUUCGGCCAAGGUUGCGUACACUCCGCAAAAGAACGGAGUUCCCCGGAAUUAAUAACGGUGGCAUUAAUUAAAUCUAGCAAAGACAUCAAACAUCAAUAAUAAGCAAGUGAAAAGUUAUUUUUGGUUUAAUCAAUUUUUGAUUGUUCAAUUCUACAGAUUACUAUUUACAUAUUUAAUAUUUUUAUAUUAUUUACUGCAUGUGCUUUUUUUUUGAAUAUAAAUUCCUAGAAUUUUUAAUGGAAAUGAAUCUUAAUUUUAUGACUUUUGGUUGAAAGACUUCUGAAAUAAUUAUUAAAAAAUAUUAAAGAUCUUUGCGUAAGAAAUGAAUGACUCGGAAAAAAAGCACUUUCCAGCAAAUAAUAUUGAUUAGCUCAUCUAUUUUCUUAGCGUAAAAGAAAUAUGAACUUUUUAUGAAAGUGAAUUCCCCAUCUGGACUAGUUGUAUAGAGAAUACAUAUUAGUGUGAUUUGCCUAAGACAGAACCACCAAUUUUUUACUCUGCAUGUGCUUCAAUGUAGAAUCGAGAGUGAGAAAGCAUCCGAACUUGAAAAUUGUCCGAGCGUGAUAAGAAACUGGAUAGAAUCGCUGGCUCUCCCUCUAAACGAUUCGGAGCUCUCUGGGAAUUCGGAGAUCUCCGCUCCCCAUCGGAUCGCUCCGGAUCGCCGAGACCUUCGGCGCCGAGCUUUGGCUUUGGACCCCGCCAAUCAAUGACCUUAAAGCCUCGAUAUGUCGAGUUUCCAUGAAUGAGCGCGUAGCUUAGUUGCGUGUAAGCCACUGGAUCAUUAACACUAGUCGAAGCUCGGCAUUCCCCAGCAUGAUCCACUGGCGCUUGCUUUCCGCCCUGUUUGUGGGGCUCUCCCUGGCUUGGCCGCCUCCAGUCUUCGCUGAGCUCUCGGCCAACUCGGCGGCCACCGUCUCGAAUCACCGCUUUGGCCUGCGUCUGGCCACCAAACUGGGCUUGAGCAGGCCAAGCGCGAACGUGGUCGUCUCGCCCCUGCUAAUUCAGGCGGCGCUGAGUCUGCUCUGCGCGGGAAGUUCCUCGAUCUCCGCAGGGGAACUCCGCCAGGCCCUGGAGCUGUCGCAUGCCAGAGGUCCCAGGGAAGCGGUCCAGGGCAUCCAGGACCUCCUUACGGACCUCCGGCAGUCGGCGGCUGUGGGCUGUCGCCUCCGGCUGCUGAGCGACUUCUACGCCCAGCAGCGCUUCACCUUCAGCUUCCGCGAUGAGUUCGAGGCCCUCGCCCUCCGGAUGGGCGUUGGCUGCCACCGGUUGGCCUGGGAAAGCGCGGCGAGUGCCGCCCAGGACAUCAACUAUUCGUUCCUCGAGCGCAGCAACUUCAGCCUCGGGGAGCUGGUCAGUGGCUCCCAACUGGAGUCCCUGGCCGAGCACAACACCCCCUUCCUGCACGUCUCCGCCAUGACCUUCCGAGCUCCUUGGGCGCAGGCUUUUGACCCUGCUGAAACGCAGAGCGUCAACUUCUUCGCCGGAGGCAGUCGUCCCCGGCUGGUGGAGGCCAUGUUCGGCCAGCACCGCUACAGGUACGCCGAGGUGCCAGCUCUGGACGCCCAGCUCAUCGAGAUACCCUUCGCCUCGGCGGGUCUGCGACUGCUAAUCGCAUUCCCCAAUCGGGCCGAUGGACUGGCCCAUCUGGAGCGGAAGCUGGCCCAGUCCGACCUCCAGCAGCUGAGGCGGGAGCUCGAGGAGCGGAAGGUGGCCCUCACCCUACCGAAGGUCAGGAUUCUGGACCACCUCGUAAUGAAUAAGGUGCUCGAAGAGUUGGGACUGGCGAAGCUGUUCACAUCGGAGGUCCAGCUGGGCGAGGUCUUCAGCUCCAUUUUGGCCAGCUGCCCCCCUUUGGGAGCAGUGGUGCAGAGCAGUCUCCUGGAACUCCAGGAGGAGGGAGGCCAGGCCGGCGAUUCGUUUUCCUUCGGGGAUCUGUUCCGACGAGCCCUGCCCGUGGUCAUCAAUCACCCGUUCUUCUACGCCAUCGGCAACGACAAGACCCUGCUGCUGGCCGGCCACAUCGUGGAGAUCUGAGUCGCACAAUGCUUACCUAAUUUUCGAUUCCAAUGCCAGCCUAACUGGGGUUAUCGCCUUAUCAGCACCGCUCAAAUCACAAAUAAACGGAAUCAUCUGCGCCGAGCCAAAGGUGACAAAUGAUUUGUAAACACA